AUGAAGCAUUGGGUGUUUUUUGCAGCAUCAUUCAUGGUUUUACUAUCGGGGUGUUGUUGCAAAUUCACAAAGAAAAGAGAGAUGAAAAAACGCGAUGAACAAGUUUCCAAAGAUGAGAAACAACGCAAUUGGUCUAAAAUCCCAACUCAAAUUUUAGAAUUGAUUCUAAGUCGCCUUUCUCGAGCCGAUUUCUAUCGAUUUGGUGAGGUAUGUACUUCUUGGAGGCAUGUUUUUAAGCAAUCCAUUAUUUAUAGAAGCCCAUCUCCUUUACCAUCUAUGCCCUUACUUUUACUCUAUCGGUUGCACUUAUUCAAUGACAUUAAAACCGGCCUUUUUAGCUUGAUAGACCGAAAAAUGUAUUUUCCCAGGAUACCAUUUUUCCAAGGGAGUAACCUACAUUGUCUCGGUUCAAUCAAUGGUUGGUUGAUCAUGAUUGAUACUAAUGCUACUCGUUUGAGUUCAUCGUCCUCUAAUUCCAAUCAUCAUAGAUUCCCAUCAUUCUUCUUUUGGAACCCAAUUCCAAAUGCUAGAGUCAUGUUGCCAUCAAGGAUAAACAUUCCAUAUCGCGCAAAUUGGUACAAAUUAUUUAGCAAAUUGAAGGCAUCAUCGGGACCAGAUAGCCCAGAUUGUCUUGUGGCAGCUUUGUUUACCGGCCAACAUAACAUUGCCUUUUGCCGGCCUCAUGAUGAAUCUUGGAAUAUCAUAUAUGUUGAAAAUAAUAAUCCAAAUGCAGUUUUCGCCGAUAUAGAAUUACUUUACGGUAAGUGUUAUGUUCUAACCGAAACAUUAAACUACCGAAAUAUCACAUCUAUAUUGGUUUAUGAUCUCCAAGAAUCUUAUUCUAGUUCUAGUCCUCCAAAGGCCAAAGUUUUGAUUAGCCAACUUCAUCAACAAGUAGAAUAUAAUUCCCCUAACAUUAGGGAUCUUAUAUUUCAAAAUCAUCAACUUUUUUUUUACUUGGCAAGUGAUUCAAUUUCAGGGAUCUUAUACUUAAUUUUAAUUAUUGUUGACUAUAAUAAUGUUCAUCCAAUAGAAAGAGAAUUUAUUGUUUACAAGGUAGACAAUUUCAACAAUGUGCCUAUGCUUGUAAGGGUCAUGGAUUUGAAUGGUGGUAUAUUGUUUCUAAGUCAUAGAGACAGCAAAAUAGUUCCAAGCUCUACUCUUACUGGACAUGAAGAUUUGAUCAGAGGAAACAACAUAUAUUAUGCUCAUGUUUAUCCAUACACAGAAAACUGUCCUCUUAUGCCUAGAAUUGUGAAGUUUUGUAUGACUAGUGGGAGAAUCAACCACAUUCCUUUGCCAAAUCCAGAGCUAGGUUCUGAACCAACAUGUCUAUGGUUCAAUCCAACAAUUUGGUAA